CACACCAGCAAGCUAGCUCUCCCGGCCUUAGUUGUUUAACUACAUCAGAGUCUCAGCUUUCAUUUUUCGAGUGCUUCGAUUCCCCUAGCUAUAAUGGAUCCUCUGUUGGUUUCAGCAUCUCAAGCUCAAACCCAAAAUGGCAGUAGCACUGCAGAUGUUGAACGACGUUCAGCAAAUUUUUCUCCCAGCGUUUGGGGGGAAUAUUUUCUGGCAUAUGCAUCUGUGGAAACUGCUGAUAUUCAAGCCGACAAACGUGUCAAAGAACUGAAGGAAGAAGUGAAGAGGGUGCUACUUAGUUCUCCGCCUUCACAGAGAUUAGACUUGAUUGAUUACAUUCAGCGCUUGGGGUUGUCACACCAUUUUGAGGAUGAGAUUCACCAAUUUUUGCAGCAAAUUCACAACCAAUACUCAUCUGCUUCUUCAGAUGAUGAUGACCUUCACACUGUUGCUCUACGUUUUCGGCUGCUUAGGCAAGAAGGAUUUAAUAAGGUUUCAUGCGACAUGUUCAACAAGUUCAUCGAUGUUGAUGGGAAUCUUAAGGAAUCAUGCGUCGCUGACGUACCAGGACUGCUAAGUUUGUAUGAAACAGCACAUCUAAGGAAACAUGGAGAAGAUUUCCUAGAUCGAGCAGUGUCCUUCACUACCACUCAUCUUGAGUCUGCAGUAGCAGCACCCGGCCGUUUAAGCCCCCCACUUUCAAAUCAAGUAGCUCAUGCCUUGUAUCAACCACUCUGGAAAGGAAACCCGAGGAUAGAAGCUAGGCAUUACCUCUCUAGCUACCAGGAACUCAACAGUGGUCCACAUUUUAGCCAAAGUCUCUUGACUUUUGCAAAGUUGGAUUUUAAUUUUUUCCAGCGUAUCCAUCAGAAAGAACUAAGUGAAAUCACAAGGUGGUGGAAGGAGUUGGACUUUGUAAACAAACUACCGUUUGCAAGGGAUCGAAUAGUAGAGUGUUACUUUUGGUCUUUGGGAGUCUGCUUUGAGCCCAAGUAUCGUCUUCCGAGGGAAACAUUAUGCAAAAUUCUUGGCUUACUUACCAUGAUUGAUGACACUUUCGAUACGUAUGGCAAACUUGAUGAACUAGAGCUCUUUACUGAAGCUAUUCAGAGGUGGGAUCUCUCUGCCAUGGAUUCACUGCCUGACUAUAUGAAAAUUAUCUAUGAGGCAGUGCUGAAUGCCUACACUGAGAUUGAAGCCGAGCUUGCCAAGGAGGGAAACUCGUAUCGCAUUGCCUAUUUAGUAGAAGGAACGCAAUGUCUAGUUAGAGCUUACAUGAAGGAAGCCAAAUGGUACCACCUAAAGUGCACACCGAAAACCUAUGAUGAAUACAUGAGGGUGGGACUUAUUACAUCCGGCAUGUUUUUGGUAGAAGCAGCAGUCAUUGUUCCAUUAGCCGGUGAAAUUUCGACAAGAGAUUCCUUGGAAUCGUUGUUCAGAGACCCUAACAACAAAAUUGUAUAUGCUUCAAACAUACUUGGGAGACUUCUGAAUGACAUCCGAAGCCACAAGCAUGCGCAAAAGAGAGGAAAUGAUUUUUCAGCUAUACAAUGCUACAUGAAAGAACACUAUGUUACAGAAGAAGAAGCGCUGAUCGAACUGAAUAAACAAGUGAAUGACGCAUGGAAGGAUGUAAACGAAGUAUUGCUCCAGCCUCCCACGACUGUGCCCAGGCCAAUACUGUUGCUGUGUCUCAAUCUUCUACGAGUAACUGAUGUUAUAUACAAGAACGACGAUGGUUAUACUAAUGGUGGAGUUGUGCUUAAGGAUUAUAUAACUUCUCUGCUUGUCGAACCUGCUCCAAUGUAGGUUAUCAUCAAUCAACAUUCGACAUGUUAUCUUCCACGCGUUAUGACAAAUAAAGACUCGGUCUAAACCCUAAGGCUGGGUUAUUACAAAUAAAAGAUUUUAUGUUCUUUAUGGAUUAUUGUAUUUCUGCACGGGGCUUUGGUUCAUGUCCUCCCCGUUGUUUUCUCAGUCAUAAACCUCUUCUACGUACAGUAAUAUAUUUUGCCGGUGUCAAGGCUAUUAAUUUA